GGAGAGAGAGAGAGAGGGAGGGGAAGGGGAGAAAAGAGAGCCACAAGAAUCUCUGACAAAGCGGCGAAGUUCUGUGACAGCUCAACGGCUCCGAACUUGUAGGGUUUUCCAAGAAUGUCACCUCCAGAGACCAAACGACACCAACAGGCACACAAAACUCACAACGGCUGCGAUCAACGACCGCUUCAAUUCAGAUUUGUUGCGCAUCAAUCCAAUCGUCCGUUUAAUUUCCGGCGAAUCACCAAUUUUCCGGCAUUCAACGCCCGUUCCACGACCUUGCCAAAGAAAUUCAGUUCUCCAUCAUUCUUUUACAAUCUCGGUAACCUUCACGUGAAUGCGCCAAAUUUUGGCUUUAAGGUUUGGACAAAUGUGGUUCUUGAUUCGAAAGCUCAGCCAAAGAAGAAGAAAUUCGAUGUAGUUGGGGUUUUUAUUGUGUAAUCGAAAUGGGCGCUGCAGUGAAUAUCAUUGUAGGUUCUCAUGUUUGGGUUGAAGACCCAGAUGUUUCUUGGAUUGAUGGACAAGUGUCAAAAAUUAAUGGCGAGGAAGUCGAGAUCCAUGCUAGUGAUGGAAAGACGGUUGUUGCAAAUUUAUCAAAACUUUACCCCAAGGAUGUGGAAGCUCCUGCUAGUGGAGUUGAUGACAUGACUAAGCUAUCAUAUUUGCAUGAGCCAGGAGUUCUCCAGAAUUUGGUGACUAGAUAUCAACUCAAUGAAAUCUAUACUUAUACCGGAAGUAUACUUAUCGCCAUUAAUCCAUUCCAAAGAUUGCCUCAUCUGUAUGAUGCUCACAUGAUGGAACAGUACAAGGGAGCACCAUUUGGAGAACUGAGUCCUCAUGUUUUUGCAAUUGCUGACGUUUCUUACAGGGCAAUGAUCAAUGAGGGGAAAAGCAAUUCUAUCCUGGUAAGUGGUGAAAGCGGGGCUGGUAAGACUGAAACCACCAAAAUGCUUAUGCAAUACCUUGCCUAUUUGGGUGGCCGUAAAGUCACUGAAGGACGGACGGUUGAACAACAAGUUCUAGAAUCGAAUCCAGUUCUUGAAGCAUUUGGCAAUGCAAAAACUGUUAGAAAUAACAAUUCCAGCCGUUUUGGUAAAUUUGUCGAGAUUCAAUUUGAUAAGCAUGGAAGAAUUUCAGGAGCAGCCAUUAGAACUUACCUUCUAGAGAGAUCUCGUGUUUGCCAAAUUUCUGACCCUGAGCGCAACUAUCAUUGUUUUUACCUUCUUUGUGCAGCACCUCCGGAGGAAAUUGAGAAAUAUAAGUUGGGAAAUCCUAAAUCAUUUCACUAUCUCAAUCAGUCAAAUUGCUAUGAACUUGUUGGUGUAAGUGAUGCUCAUGAUUAUCUUGCCACUAGGAGGGCUAUGGAUGUUGUCGGAAUAAGUGCGAAAGAACAGGAUGCUAUUUUCAGAGUUGUGGCUGCAAUUCUUCAUCUUGGUAAUGUUGAAUUUGCCAAGGGGGAAGAAAUUGACUCAUCAGUUAUAAAGGAUGAAAACUCCAAAUUCCAUCUUCAAAUGACAUCAGAACUUCUCAUGUGUGAUCCUCUUGCACUGGAAGAUGCAUUAAUGAAGCGUGUCAUGGUCACCCCAGAAGAAGUUAUCAAGAGAAGUCUUGAUCCUAUUGGUUCAACAGUUAGCAGGGAUGGCUUGGCUAAGACAAUAUACUCCCGCUUGUUUGACUGGUUGGUGGAUAAGAUUAACUUCUCAAUAGGGCAAGAUCCUAACUCAAAAUCUUUGAUUGGGGUCCUUGACAUCUAUGGUUUUGAAAGCUUUAAGACUAAUAGUUUUGAGCAGUUCUGUAUUAAUUUCACAAAUGAGAAACUGCAACAACAUUUCAACCAGCACGUGUUCAAGAUGGAGCAAGAGGAGUACACAAAGGAGGAGAUAGACUGGAGCUACAUAGAAUUUGUUGAUAAUCAAGAUGUCCUGGAUCUUAUUGAGAAGAAACCUGGAGGGAUCAUUGCUCUGCUUGAUGAAGCCUGCAUGUUUCCAAAGUCAACUCAUGAAACAUUUUCAACAAAGCUUUAUCAGACAUUCAAAGCUCACAAACGCUUUAUCAAGCCAAAGUUAUCUCGCACCGAUUUCACCAUUGCUCAUUAUGCUGGAGAAGUUUUAUAUCAAUCUGAGCAAUUUCUAGACAAAAACAAAGACUAUGUUGUUCCUGAACAUCAAGAUUUGUUGAGUGCUUCCAAAUGUUCUUUUGUAGCAGGCCUUUUCCCUCCACUUCCUGAAGAAACAACCAAAUCUUCGUCCAAAUCUGCUAAAUUUGCGUCUAUUGGUUCUCGUUUUAAGCUACAACUUCAACAAUUAAUGGAAACACUAAAUUCUACAGAACCCCAUUACAUUAGAUGUGUGAAGCCAAAUAAUCUUCUUAAACCUUCUAUCUUUGAGAAUGUCAAUGUCAUGCAGCAACUACGUUGUGGUGGUGUUCUAGAGGCAAUUAGAAUCAGUUGUGCUGGAUACCCGACUCGGAAGAUUUUUUUCGAAUUUUUAAAUCGAUUUGGCCUACUUGCUCCACAGGUUUUGGAAGGGAACUCUGAUGAAAAGGUUGCAUGCCAAAAGAUUUUGGAAAAGAUGGGGCUUAUGGGGGCUCAGAUAGGAAAAACAAAGGUUUUCCUAAGAGCUGGUCAGAUGGCUGAGCUAGAUACGAGGAGAGCAGAAAAACUUAACAAUGCAGCCAAGACUAUUCAGAGGCAGAUUAGGACGCACAUUACUCACAAACGAUAUGUUGCUUUGCGGAAGGCAACUAUUUGUUUACAAUCGAUAUUGAGAGGAAGACUUGCAUGCAAGAUAUUUGAGAACUUGAGAAGGGAGGCAGGUGCUCUUAAAAUUCAGACUAAUUUGCGUAGGCACUUGGCAAGAAUGGGUUACACCAAAAACAAGUCCUCAGUCCUAAUCUUGCAGACAGGAAUUCGAGCAAUGGCAGCUCGUAAUGAGUUUAGAUUCAAAAGGCAAACAAAGGCAGCGGUUAUUGUUCAGGCUCAUUCCCGUGGUCAUCGAGCCUCUUUGAACUACAAGAAACUCAGAAGCGCAGCUGUCGUAUCACAAUGCAGGUGGAGGGGGAGAGUUGCCAGAAAAGAGCUUAGGAAACUAAAGAUGGCUGCAAGAGAAACAGGUGCACUUCAAGAAGCAAAGGAUAAGCUUGAGAAACAGGUGGAAGAACUCACAUGGCGUUUGCAGUUGGAAAAACGUUUGAGGACCGACUUAGAAGAGGCAAAAGGGCAGGAGAUAACAAAGUUGCAGAACUCCUUGCAAGCUAUGCAAAGCAAAGUUGAUGAAACAAAUGGACUGCUUGUCAAGGAACGCGAGGCUGCACAGAAGGCAAUUGAGGAGGCAUCUUCUAUUAUCAAAGAGACCCCAGUUAUUGUCCAGGAUACUGAAAAGAUUGAGACUCUGACUGCAGAAGUGGAAAGCUUGAAGGCUUUGUUGCAAUCUGAAAAGCAACGAGCUGAUGAUUCUGAGCGGAAAUGUGCUGAAGCCCAGGAAUCUAGUGAAGAAAGUCGUAAGAAGUUGGAGGAAACUGAAAAAAGAGUCUAUCAACUUCAGGAUUCUUUGAACAGGCUUGAAGAGAAGCUCACCAACUUAGAGUCAGAAAAUAAAGUUUUUCGUCAGCAAGCCCUAACCACAGCACAAAAUAAUAAGCUUCUCUCUGGACGAUCUAGAUCAGUUAUUCAGAGGGCUGAAAGUUCCAAAAGCAAUACAGAUCUGCAUAGUGCUUCAACAAACUUAAGGGAUCAAUUGGAGGUAGAGGAUAGACCACAAAAAUCACUUAAUGAGAAACAGCAGGAGUAUCAGGACUUGCUUAUCCGAUGUGUUGCGCAGCAUCUUGGCUUCAGUAAUGGUAGGCCUAUUGCUGCCUGCAUCAUAUACAAAUGCCUUCGGCAGUGGAGAUCAUUUGAAGUUGAACGAACCAGCAUAUUUGACCGGAUAAUUCAAACUAUAGGCACUGCUAUUGAGACUCAGGACAACAAUGAUAUCUUGGCGUAUUGGCUAUCCAAUGCAUCAACUCUAUUGUUGCUGCUGCAACGCACACUAAAAGCAGCUGGUGCAACUGGCAUGACUCCACAACACCGACGAUCCUCAUCUACUCUAUUUGGAAGAAUGACACAGAGUUUUCGUGGAACUCCACAAGGAGUCGAUCUUUCUUUUGCCGAUGGUGAGUUGACUGGCAGAGUGGAUACCUUACGCCAAGUUGAAGCCAAAUACCCUGCUUUGCUGUUUAAACAGCAGCUGACGGCAUAUGUAGAAAAGAUAUAUGGGAUGAUCCGAGAUAAUUUGAAAAAAGAGAUUUCUCCACUGCUAGGGUUGUGCAUCCAGGCACCAAGAAUAUCCAGAGCAAGCAUACUCAAGGGGACAGGCCGCAUGCUUGCAAAUGCUGCUGCUCAGGAGAUUUUGAUUGCUCACUGGCAAGGGAUUGUAAAGAGACUUGGAAAUUUCUUGGACACAUUGAAAGCCAAUCAUGCGCCCCCAUUUUUAGUUCGCAAAGUGUUCACACAAGUAUUUUCUUUCAUCAAUGUGCAAAUGUUCAACAGCCUACUAUUGAGACGAGAAUGCUGCUCUUUUAGUAAUGGUGAAUACGUCAAAGCUGGAUUGGCUGAACUGGAACAUUGGUGCGAUAAAGCAACAGAUGAGUAUGCAGGUUCAGCUUGGGAAGAGCUCAGGCAUAUAAGACAGGCUAUUGGAUUCUUGGUCAUACAUCAAAAGCCUCAGAAGACGCUGGAUGAAAUAAGUCAUGACCUGUGCCCAGUGCUUAGUAUUCAACAACUCUACAGAAUCAGCACAAUGUAUUGGGAUGACAAGUACGGGACGCACAGCCUUUCACCAGAUGUCAUAUCCAACAUGAGGGUGCUAAUGACCGAAGAUUCAAAUAAUGCGGUCAGCAGUUCUUUCCUGCUGGACGAUGAUUCGAGCAUACCAUUUUCGGUGGAUGAUCUCUCCAAAUCAAUGGAUCAAAUUGACAUAUCGGACAUUGAACCACCACCGCUUAUUCGUGAAAAUUCAGGCUUCAGUUUCUUGUUGCCGCGUGCUGACUGAUCACACUUCGUGGCAGUUCUUUCUAGUUGCUUGCUAAUACAUACUCUUCAAUUUGAGGACGACUAUACGAAGUUCAUGGACCCAUACUCAAUUCAUCAGAUCACUUCACACAUCAACAUUCUUUCUGGCUAUCUUGAACUUGCACUAGCUAGUGUAUGUUGUAACAUAAAAAAUAGCACUUUCUACGAGUAAGUCCAUAGUACCCCGGGAUUCCGGGGAAAUACUACCCCGACCAAUGUUAAUUAACUAUUCCUACAAUCCACAGAAGGAUAGAAUUUUCAUUGGCGGGGUAUUUCAUAACCGCUACCCCUGGGAUAUUAAAGAUUUUUCCCCUUUCUACCCCCAAAAAAACAUCUAAACAUCCAUCUUUCCAUACAAUCCAAUCAUUUUGGUGAUAGGCUAAAGAAAUUCUUGAAGCUAUACGGUGUCGUUCCAUUUGGUGUAUUUAUGUUCUGUCCAAGCUAUGGGUCUAUUUUUCCUUUUGAGUCGAUAGUUAUUUUCAACUCAAAUGUUGUAAUUUGUGUCAACUACAGCUUUCCUUUUAAUAUAAUUCUCUCUUUUUAUAUUAUCAGUUUGUUUA